AUGACAGCUGGGGGAAUGGAGCAGAUUCUCAUCAGGGUGGCGCAGAGCUUCAAGUACCUCCAUAGCUUCAACACCCCUUCCCACGCUCCGCCCUUCCAGAUUGUUUCCCUGUUCCAUUCCACACACCCCUUUUCUGCCUCCCCACUGCAAACCCCACCAGGUGUGCCUGUCCCUCUCAACCUGCGGCAGCGCUUUGAUGUGCUCAUUGGGGUGGCUCAUGGCUUGCAAUAUCUCCACAGCUUCAACAUCGUGCAUCGUGACGUCAAGCCCGCCAACAUCCUGCUUGACAGAAACAUGCAGGCCAAGGUUGCUGACUUUGGGUUGGUGCGGAUAAGCAAAGGCACCACUGGUGAUGCAACGCAGCCGAGUGAUGGGAACACCGGGCUAUGUGGACCCGGCAUACACGUGGACACAGAAGGCCACUCCCGCAGAAGACGUUUACAGCUUUGGAGUGGUAAUGCUGUCUGUCAUCACUGGACGCAAGUGCUUGUUCCGAUUGGAGGGCGUCAUAACCUCACACAAGGCUUUGUCGGACAACAACCAGAUAAUUCUCAAGGAUUGGAGUUGUCGACCUCGUUUCCCACUCCCGUCGCCCUCGCAUCCCCCUCCCGUCGCCCUCGCAUCCCCCUCCCGUCGCCCUCGCUUCCCCCUCCCGUCGCCCUCGCAUCCCCCUCCCGUCGACCUCGCUUUCCCCCCCCGUCGCCCUUCCAUCCCCGUCCCGUCCCCCUCCCAUCCCCCUCGCGUCCCCCUCCCCUUGCGCUCCCAUCCCCCUCCCAUCACCCUCCGAUCCCCCUCCCAUCGCGCUCUUAUCUCCCUCCCCUUGCGCUCCCAUCCCCUUCCCAUCUCCCUCCCAUCCCCCUCCCAUCUCCCUCCCAUCUCCCUCCCAUCCCCGUCCCGUCCCCCUCCCAUCCCCCUCCCAUCCCCGUCCCGUCCCCCUCCCAUCCCCCUCCCAUCCCCCUCCCGUCCCCCUCCCAUCUCCCUCGCUUCCCCCUCCCAUCUCCCUCGCUUCCCCCUCCCGUCGCCCUCGCUCCCCCCUCCCAUCGCCCUGCUGAUUCCUCCCCCCGCCCCACUCUGCUUCCCCUGCUCAUUCUCCUCCCCCCGCCCCACUCUGCUUCCCCUGCUCAUUCUCCUCCCCCCGCCCCACUCUGCUUCCCCUGCUCAUUCUCCUCCCCCCGCCCCACUCUGCUUCCCCUGCUCAUUCUCCUCCCCCCGCCCCACUCUGCUUCCCCUGCUCAUUCUCCUCCCCCCGCCCUACACCUGCUCAUUCUCUUCCCCUUUGCUCACUCCGUUUCACCUGCUCAUUCUCUUCCCCCUAUUCGCUUUCGUUCUCUGUUUCCCUUUCACUCACCCCCAUUUCCAACCCCGCAGAAUACAAGUCCCAGCACCAUGGCCCAGCGUUUAUUGCAAGCAGUGUAG